CUCCUCACCUUCAUCGUCAACCACCUUCCUUCUCUUUACAGCUCACCAACAGCUCUUCAGUUGCCCCCUUCCAUCUCGCCAGAACAUUUGGCCGACAUACUCGUAAAAACCAAUUUACAACAACCCCCUUACUCCUUCACACAUUCCUCUCUCCCCCGCCAAAAGUCAUCAUCAUGAGAACCACUACCUUCUUCGCCUUCUUCAUGGCCAUGUUCGCCAUGCUCUGCAGCGCCUUCGCCUCGGCCGAGACCGCCAUUGAGAAGCGUACCCUUGCGCCCGGUGCUGCCUUUGAUGCCACUGUCGACCUCUUGUUCAAGGAGCACGCCUCCAUUGUCGCCAAGGCCUAUGCCGAUGUCUGCACCGAUGCCGAUGUUUCCUCUGCUAUCAAGACCGACCUCCGUGUCCAGAUCAGUGGCCUCGUCAGCAUUGAUUUCGGUCUCGGCACCAAGUUGUCUGCUGCUCUCCAGUCCUCGAUCAAGGCUGCUGUCAAGGCUGAGGUCGAUGCUGAAAUCAAAUCCGAGUUCACCGCCAACUUGAAGGCCAACCUUGGUGCCAUCAUCAUCAAGCAAUGCCCCAAGAAGGAUGCCGCCUGCAUUAAGCUCCAGUCCAAGAAGAUCGUCUCUGAGGCUGCCAAGUUGACUGUCAAGGCCUCAGGCAAUAUCGCUGUCAAGAUCCAGGCCAAGCUUGCUGCCAAGGUCAAGGCUGCCGUCGAUCUCCAGGUCAAGAAGUUCUCGGUCAACUUGCUCCUCAUCAAGGUCAACGUCACCGGUGAUGUCGAUGUCUCCGCUGCUCUCUCCAUCAAGUUCAAGGCUGCUGUUGACAUGUGCGUCAAGGCCUGCGCUGAUAUCCAGGCUAAGGAGGUCAUCAAGAUCAAGACCAUCUGCUCCGCUUAAAUGUGGUAGUAGAAACUUGACAUUCAAUCAUUUCCGACUAGCGUACCGCCCCCCUCCUCUUCUUUCCAUUAAACCGCCUCUAUUCAUCCUUUUCAAAAUAAACAUGACAAGAUCAUGAACAUAUCAGUAUUUAAAGGUGUCAUGGUGCAUUUGAAUACUUUUUUUUCAUUC